UCUGAAAGAUCAGCCUAGGACCUAAGGGCAGACACAUCAGUUGGAGCUCAAUUGUUGAUCAGAUCACAUCUAAGGGAUUUAGGAGCACAGAAGAGCCGAGAUUUGAGGAAAGACACCCCACUGAAUCCUUCCACACUCCUCCUCCUCCUCCUCCACACCUAGGUUGCAAUAUCUCUCUGACAGAAAGAAAUCAGAACGAAAAAAGAAAAUUACCGGCUCGAUUUCUGUUCUCUCGCCCUGCCUGACUCCAGUAAAGAGGGGUGGGGGGGGCGGGGGGGGGGGAAGGAAAAAAAAAAAAAAAGAGAGAGAGAGAGAAAGAAAGAGAUCCUAAGAAGCCCGGGUUUGUUCCUCUCCCCUUCCCGGCUGUUCAAGUCUCCCUCCUCCCCUUUUCUUCCUUUUUUUUUUUUUUUUUUUUUUUUUUUGUAUAAUUCCCUCCCCCCCCCCUUUUUUUUUAUAUUAUAUAUAUAUUUCUGCCGCUUCUACCGCCGCCGCCGUCAGUGCCGCCGCCGCCGCCGUGCCCGCGCCCCGGAGAUGUCCUUCCCCCAGCUGGGCUACCCGCAGUAUCUCAGCGCCAGCCAGGCGGUGUACGGGAGCGACCGGCCCGGGGUGCUGGCCGCCGCCGCCGCCGCGGCAGCCGCCGCUGCCGCCGCUUCGGGCCGGCCGGCGGGCGCCGAGCUGGGCAGCGGAUCGGCCGCUGUCACCUCAGUGCUGGGCAUGUACGCGAGUCCCUACAGCGCCCCCAACUACAGCGCCUUCCUGCCCUACACCGCCGACCUCGGCCUCUUCUCCCAAAUGGGUUCCCAGUAUGAGCUGAAAGAUAAUCCUGGUGUCCACCCUGCUACCUUUGCUGCCCACACUGCCCCCGGCUAUUAUCCGUAUGGACAGUUCCAGUACGGGGACCCAGGGCGACCCAAAAAUGCCACCCGGGAGAGCACCAGCACCCUCAAGGCCUGGCUCAAUGAGCACCGCAAGAACCCCUACCCCACCAAGGGCGAGAAGAUCAUGCUGGCCAUCAUCACCAAGAUGACCCUCACCCAGGUCUCUACUUGGUUCGCCAAUGCCCGCAGGCGGCUCAAGAAGGAGAACAAGGUGACCUGGGGAUCCCGGAGUAAGGACCAAGAAGAUGCCAACCUCUUUGGCAGUGACAAUGAGGGAGAUCCCGAGAAGAAUGAAGACGAUGAGGAGAUCGACCUGGAAAGCAUAGACAUAGACAAAAUCGAUGAAAAUGACGGGGAGCAGAGCAACGAGGAAGAGGAGGAGAAGCCUGAUCUCCUGAGACAAAGCAGUGAAGAGGAUCACUUGGAAAAAGACAAGGAUUUGGCACUGUCAGGGUCUGAAGGGCUGAAACCCAAAGAUGCACUGGCCAUGGUGAAGGAGGCCUCUGACAACAGCACACGAAUCAUCAGCCCUGGGGGACAAAGCAACUUGCAGAUGCCAUCUCACAGCAAACCCAAGAUUUGGUCUUUGGCAGAGACGGCAACCAGCCCUGAUGGUGGCCUGAAAUCCUCCCCCCCUCCACCCCCUCCUCCCCAGGUUAACCACACUUCUCCACAGAUCCAGCAUCCUGCUUUUCUCCCCAGCCAUGGACUCUAUACGUGCCAGAUUGGCAAAUUUCACAACUGGACAAAUGGGGCUUUCCUCACACAGAGUUCCCUGCUAAAUGUGAGGUCCUUUUUGGGAGUAAAUCACCACCACGCUACUCACCACAACCACCACCUCCAGGCCCAGCAACAGCCUUCUGUUUUAACAGCAACCCUGGGAGCCCUAAGCAGUGAAAAACCUUCAGAGAGGACCAGUCCCAAACACCUAGAAAGAGAAAAUGUACCAAGAACUGAAUCCCCACCUCAGCCGCUCAAAUCGCCCUUCCAGCCUGUCCGUGACAACUCUUUGGCUCAGCAAGAGGGAACACCGAGAAUUUUAACAGCUCUCCCUUCUGCUUGAUUAAGUGGUUUGCUGAGAAAAAAAAAAAUAAUAAUAAUAAAAAUUACAGAGACUGGUAUUAAGGACAGAAAAAAAAAAGGAAACGAUAUAAACGACUCCCAUCAAUCUCUUUUUUGCAAUAAGGUGGUGCAAAUCCAUAAAAGCAAUUACACAAAUCUGUAGAUGGAUCCCCUUCUUCAUUGUACCAAUUCAGAUCGUGUUAUUCUAACCAUUCUUGGGUUAUUUGGUAAAUGUUUCCCAUGUGUUUGUGUUUUUUCUGUAUAUAGAGUGAUUUCAGAUUGUAAAUAGCGCGUCAGCAAAACUUGUCUAAAUCAUAUAUUUUUGUCUAAUAAACUAAAUGAAAUUAUGAA